CUCUUGGCAAAUGACUCAUAUAGAAUCAUGUCACUACUGCGUACAGCUUCACCGAUCAACAUCUCUGUCAUGAGUUAGGAGAGAAAGUCACGAUGCAGCAAUUGUUUACAAAAAGCCAUGUAGUAGGCUUGUCUCCAAGAGUCCUCUACCGGCAUGUCUUCACACAAACUUACCAGUGAGAAGGGGGUCAAAGAAUACCUCGAAGCACACCAGUCCACACCUAUCAGCGUACAAUUACUCUCAGGAGGCAGUGCCAACUAUGUCUACCGUAUCACAAACCAUGAUGGCUCGACAAGCAUCUUAAAACACGCAGAACCCUAUUUGCAUAGCAACAAAGACUUUGCAUUCGACCCUAAGCGUAUGGACUACGAAGCGCGAAUCUUGCAGGCUCUAUCUUCCUCCGAGAGCCCUUUGAUCGCAACUCUUCCCGGAUCGAACGUACACACGGUACGGCUGUUGAACUACGACGAGACCAACAAGCUGCUUGAACUCGAAGAUGGAGGUAGUCGCAAUCUAAAGGACGCUUAUACAGACCCGGAGCUUGAUAUACCAUACAUUGCGGAACAGAUUGGAAGAUGGCUCGUUGCACUGCAUCUAUCCGCAAGAAAUCUCUCGCUCGCUUCACCGGAUCAAGAUCGAGGCAUCGACAAUAACCCUAUUGCGGUCGAAAUUUAUCGGUAUCCAUACAACGGCCUACACAUCGCCCUUACACAAUCUGGUUACGACCCUCAGUUGGCUCACGUUAUCAACGAAAGAUUCGGAAGUUUAGUCGCGGUAGAUGAUGAAUGUAUCUGUCACGGCGACUUUUGGCCUGGCAAUGUUCUCGUGCGGGACAUUGAACAAGAGCCAGUCGAGCUGACGAUUGUGGAUUGGGAGCUGGUGCGCCGCGGUACCAGUGCAACCGAUGUUGGUCAGUUCGCUGCCGAAUCGUUCCUUCUUGAUCGCUUUCGUGGCGGUAGGGGUUUACUUAGUGCAUUUCUGAACGCCUAUAUUAUAGCUCGGGAGCAGACAGAGACGCUUGGUAGGUCGUGGCUGACACGAGUGGUAGUGCACUGGGCAGUUCAUGUUGCAUUCUGGCCUACUAGAGUUAGAUGGUCGAACGAGGAGGAGACUAAGGCCCUUGUUGGAGUGGGCGUUGCUACUUUGGAAAACAUCCUGAAUGAGGAUUGGGAGAAGGUGUUGGAGUCACCAUUGUUGAGAGACGUAAAGGAAAGGUAUGCUACAUUAUUAGCGCGACCUUAACGACUGCGCGUAGAGUAGGACUGCAUCUCAAGUCUGAAGGUAUCUGGUGUCCAAAAACACUUCGGUUACUUGAUAUCAGACCUCCACCAAUUCUACCAGCUUCUUAAGACACCCUCUGCCAUACCGAUAAUCAAACAUCUUGCUCAUGGUCACAU